GAGCAUUUGGUGUUAUCAUGUCAUUGCGACGUCUCAAAGUACAGCUGCCAAUUAGGAAUGUCCCACAGUCAGUCACGAGUUGAGGGUUAUUUAAGAAGCUACUUCACAAUUGGAGACAGCUGGCAAUGACUGGCCUGGGCAGGGACUAGUUUUUCUUGUUAGGGCUCAUUCAGCCACUAAAACCUCGUAGGUGGAGCAACGUCACCAAUAAAGAUCACCUCAGCAAUCCAGGUUGGACACAGCACUUGGAUCAACCCAACUGCAUUGCUGAAUCAGCCGUUGAAAGUUCGAGCGACUUCAAAGUUCAUCCACUUUGCAAGUACGUGUACUUUGUGAUUUUGAUUGGAAACGGGUCAUGGGAUACGUUUAUGACGGUGGCUUUUCUGGGGGAGAGAAUGAGGUUACCAUUUCACACACGUUUUCAUUUUUUGACCAUUCCGUUUUCCUCCCCAAACUGCUAUUGAACGUGUGUGGAAGGGCGCAGAAAAAUGAAUCUUCCUGAAUAUUUUGCAAGGAUUGGCUAUCAGGGUCAGGACGACAAGGCAGAUGUGGAGACACUCAGAAGGAUUCAUGAGCAGCACACUUUAGCAAUCCCAUAUGAAAACCUCAGCAUUCACUGCGGGGAAGACAUUGGCCUUGACCUACAGAUGAUCUAUGACAAAAUAGUUAAGAAAAAGCGAGGUGGUUGGUGCACUGAAAACAACGGACUGUUCUACUGGGUAUUAAAGGAGAUGGGAUACGAUGUUGUGAUGUUAGGAUCGCAAGUGUACAACUGCGAAGAUAACAUGUACUCUGCCAAAGUUGAUCACCUCGUGCUCCUGACCACCAUUGAUAAUAAGCCUUACCUAAGUGACGUCGGAUUUGGGGUAUUGAAGCAGAUGAGGCAACCACUGGAGUUAACCUCAGGAAAAGACCAGCCUCAGCUUCCUGGUGUCUAUCGGCUAACUGAAGAAAAUGGUGUUUGGGAGCUCGAAAGAUAUGGCAGAAAGCUGCAGGCCGCAGAUGAAAGCUAUGCCAACUCUUCUUUGUUCAGUCGAAGCCCUCACCAGAAAAUGUACAAGUUCACACUCGCAACUUGUACCUUACAGGACUUUCAGGACGUAAACCUGGAGCUUCAAACCUCCCCCAAGUCCUUGUUUGUCAAUAAAUCCAUUUGCGCUGUUCAGACCGUUGAGGGCUUCAAAGCCCUCAUAGGCUCGACCUACAGCGAGUGGAUAUUCGGCUAUAGAGAGGGCGAGGAUUUGGUGACCCUCACGACUGUCGGCAAGGGAGAUCACGAAAAAAUACUCAAAGAGAAGUUCAACAUUUUGCUGGAGAAAGAAUUCCAACCGGUUAACAAUCCUCCCGACGUGAAAGGCGCUCCCUGAAUGGAAUCUUGUUGUUGUUGUAAUCGUUGCAUUGCAUAUAGCGCCUUAUGUCGUUGAGAAGUCUCAAAGCGCUUCACUGGAAAACAGAGGUGAAACAGAUCAGGAAGGGCUAUUAUCAUGUUAUAGCGUAGAAUUUAGUUUUGAUUCAGUGUAUCUUUAAUAAUCCUUACAAUCCUUGCAUUUGCACCUGAUCACAUCGUCUAGACUUCUCAAAGCGCUUCACAGGAUUGUGUAGUGACUGUAUCGGCUCAUUUGCACACAGCAAUGUCCUAAAAAUAGUUGUGAAGCGAGUGACCGAUUCUACCAGAGGCCUUGUUGACCAGGACACUGGGAGAGAGAAACACUGGGGGGGGGGGGUGGGGGGAGUGUCAGGCUUUAACGCCCUUACGUGGGGUGAGGGCUUUAAAGUUCUUAUCGAAACUGAUCUACAAAUGGACACAGAAUUCUCAUUUUGGAUGCAGAUGCAGGAAAUGUACGUUGUUGUGAUAAACCUGAACUAAUAGUGAAAUUAAAAUCCAGAUAUUAUUCUGAA